CAGUGAAAGCGGGGUGGCGCGCACUAGGGUGGCCGCCAGCGAGGCAGCAACACGGAGGGGCAGGCCAUGCCGACCAUCUCCGGCCGAGUGAUAAAGUGGCCAGCCGUGCAGCUGCUGAGCCUGGCGGUCCUGGCGGUCCUCAUGGCCAUGGUGGGCGUGGCCGCCCCCGCGCGCACCUCGGGCCGCCGCCUGGCGCUGUCCUGGCUGGACCCAGCGGACACCGAGGAUGUCCCCGCCGCCGUGGCGCUCGGCGGCAUCGACGUCGUGGGAGGCUACGGCGGUGGCAGGGCCGCACCCAGGGACUCGGGGACGUUCGACGCGGACCUCGACCUGGACCUCGCGAUGGACGAGGUCAGCGACAACGUGGUCAUGGCGCAGCAAGAGGGGGCCGAGGCUCCGCUCUCCACCGCCAAAAGGACACUGCAGGACAUUUGCGACAACAUCGUGGUGCACUCGAGAGACGCCAGGUCGGGGCACAAGUGCGUGCGGACGGGGCUGCUGCAGUGCUCGUGCGACAACGGCUACGAGGCCGUGACGAUGGGUGACAUGCACUACCCCCACCACAUCCAGCAGAAGAAGUGCAUCAAGAGCCCCUUCUGCCACCAGCGCACCUACGACAUGCCGGUGCUCACCCGGGGCAGGACCGAGAUGCAAGAGGGCAACAUGAACAAAAUCCCCCUGGUGCCCGAUCUCCUGCGCGAGCACUGGCGCUUCGAGAUGAAACAAAUCGUUGUGGCCUGCGAGUGUGGGCAUCCUGACUAUAAUGGGAAAUAGAGGGAUAGUUCUUUGGCGAAACUAUUCGAAUUUUCAUGUCUGACUUACGUUAACGUGCCACACCACAACAUUUUUGAUCUUAAAGUAAGCAAGUUCUUAUGUCGUUUCUGUGUUCGAGGGAGUUGGCGAGAUCAUUCCCUGUUUAAGUUACCGAAAAUGAUUUUUCUUCAUCGAUCUCAUCGCUUGCCACUUCUUCUCUGUGUCUUGUGGCUGGCUGGGGCACAGCGAAGAGGUGUCGAGUGAGCAUGCGCGGGUACGCCGAGGGGGUACUCACUUCCGAAAGUGGGUGUACAUGCUGUCAAAAAGUGAAAGUGAGAGUGAUAAAAAGUGGAGCUAAAGUGAAAAAAGUUGAGUUAAAGUGCGCAAAAGUGGAAAAAAAGUUGAGUUAAAGUGCGCAAAAGUGAAAAAAGUUAAGUAAAAGUGUUGAGCAAAAGUGGAAAAAGUGAAGCGAAAGUGAAAAAAGUUGAGCAAAAGUGGGCAAAAGUGAAACGAAAAGUUACGAAAGUGAACUGAAAGUGAAAAAGUGAAAAGUUAAGGUGUACACAUAAUCUCGUAGUGAGCACCCCCUCGGGGUACGCGGACAGACUUUCAUUUUGUUAUUGGUUCGCGGACAAAUUAAAAUUAAAAUGUGUUGUAGUCAUUAGCAUAUUACCUGUAUUUAUAGUAUUUAUCAUUAUUCAUCUUUUAACAACUGUAAUAAAUUUCAGAGAAAAUAUGA